ACAACCGGCUAACUCAGGGAUGAGUACAGGCAGACUCAACUCUUACAGCAUUGUGUCUUCUGAGGAAGACGGCUUGAUCUUGACCACCAUGCCCGGAGUGAAUGGCUUUGGCAACGGUAAGAUCCACACUCGGAGGAAAUGCCGGAAUCGAUUCGUGAAGAAGAACGGCCAAUGUAAUGUCGAAUUCACCCACAUGGAUGAUAAACCUCAGAGAUACAUCGCCGACAUGUUCACCACCUGCGUGGACAUCCGUUGGAGAUACAUGUUGCUGCUCUUCUCCCUUGCUUUCCUGGUGUCCUGGUUAUUGUUUGGCCUCAUCUUUUGGCUGAUUGCCCUGGUCCACGGGGACAUUGAGAAGCCCACUAAGGACGAGACCUUUACCCCUUGCCUCCUGCAGGUGAACGGCUUUGUGGCUGCGUUCCUCUUCUCCAUUGAGACUCAGACGACCAUCGGUUAUGGGUUCCGUUGCGUGACCGAGGAGUGUCCCCUGGCCGUCUUCAUGGUGGUCCUUCAGUCUAUUGUAGGGUGCAUCAUUGACUCCUUCAUGAUUGGCGCCAUCAUGGCCAAAAUGGCCAGGCCGAAGAAGAGAGCGGAAACGUUGCUCUUCAGCCACCAUGCCGUGGUGGCCAUGAGGGACGGCAAGCUUUACUUGAUGUGGAGAGUGGGCAACCUUCGCAAAAGUCACAUUGUUGAGGCUCACGUCCGAGCCCAGCUCCUGAAGCCCAGGAUCACCGAGGAGGGGGAAUACAUCCCCCUUGACCAGAUUGACAUAGAUGUUGGGUUUGACAAAGGCUUGGACCGUCUUUUUCUGGUCUCUCCCUUGACGAUCCUUCACGAGAUCAACGAGGAGAGCCCCCUCUUUGGGAUCAGUCGGCAAGAAAUGGAGAUGGACGAUUUUGAGAUUGUGGUGAUCCUGGAAGGCAUGGUGGAGGCCACGGCGAUGACCACCCAAGCUCGGAGUUCGUACCUGUCCAGUGAGAUCCUCUGGGGCCACCGUUUUGAACCCGUCCUCUUUGAGGAGAAAAACCAAUACAAAGUGGACUAUUCACACUUCCACAAGACUUAUGAGGUCCCGUCGACUCCCUGUUGCAGUGCCAAGGAUUUGGUGGAGAACAAAUUCCUGCUUCCGAGCACCAAUUCCUUCUGUUACGAGAAUGAGCUUGCCCUUAUGAGCCGCGAUGAGGAGGAAGAGGAGGAGGAGGAGGAGGAGGUAGAGGAGGAAGAUGAAGACUGCAGAGGUUUGGACAAUCCGUGCUCGGUUGACCAGCCUGAAUUUGACAGGCUGCCAACUUCUGUAGGACCUCUUGAUCAAAGGUCCUACCGGAGAGAAUCAGAAAUAUAACUCGGGGGGCUUCCUAAGUGUUUGCAGAGUU